AUGGAAGAAAAGAUGAUGUGUAAUUUUGUUGCGGUAACGCACACAGGUCAAGUUUACUGUAACGUUCUCCUGGCCGACGGUACACCCGAACGUGACCGUCACUCUAACGUGCUCCCGGCCGACGGUACACCCGAACGUGACCGUCACUCUAACGUUCUCCCGGCCGACGGUACACCCGAACACAACCGUCAUUGUAACGUUCGCCCGGCCGACGGUACACCCGAACGUGACCGUCACUGUAACGUUCUCCCGGCCGACGGUACACCCGAACACAACCGUCACUGUAACGUUCUCCAGGCCGACGGUACACCCGAACACAACCGUCACUGUAACGUUCUCCCGGCCGACGGUAAACCUGAACACAACCGUCACUGUAACGUUCUCCCGGCCGACGGUACACCCGAGCACAACCGUCACUCUAACGUUCUCCCGGCCGAUGGUACGCCCGAACACAACCGUCACUGUAACGGUCUCCCGGUCGACGGUACACCCGAACACGACCGUCCGGCCACUAUCAAAUCUGGACUAAUCUAUGAAUACCACUUCAGACCAGUCCAUGUUUAA